GGACAAAGAGAAGCAUCGAGGGAUCUGGCGACGCCAGGCUGCCUAUUUGUCAAGACUUGAUUGCUGUCUGGUCUUUCUCGGGCGCCCGGGCCAUCAGCAGCAUUUCCGGUGUGCGGGCGACGUCGCUGCGGCGAUGCAGGUGUACGGCGAGGCCACAGCGCACAGCCUGGUCAUGAUGAAUGGCCACGUGCCCAAAUCGCAGCCUGCCCUGCCCUCAGCCGUCUGUCUGCCCCGCGAAGUGUCUGAGUACGUGCCGGCGGCGGGUGAGAUAAAGCAGGGUUCAGGUCUGGAGGGGCUGCGGCACAUAUUCGGCGACCUGCCGCUUGACGACUUCGAAAAACAGGUGUGUUCGACAAACAAACGGUAGAAGACUUAUGACCUGACCGCUGACCACACCUGGUUUGUCUGUCUGUCUAACUCUCUGUGUGUCCGUGGGUGACUGUGUGCGUGUGUGUGUGUUCAGGUGGUUGAGGAGUUUCGCGAGUUCUUCAACGAGUGGGAGGAGUGGGAGGGGGACGAGAGCCCCGCUGGCAAGGUCAGGCUGGAGGGCACCGUUUUCGAUGACGACAACUUCCUCCUCAGAUUCCUCCAGGGGUAUGUGUGUAUGUGUGUAUGAGGGCAUGUCCAGUCCACACCAGCACAACGCACACCAUCGAUAGAGUGUCUCUAUGUGUGUGCGGCGUGUGCAGGAAUGGUUGGGACUUGUGCAAGACUGCUCGCGACGUGAUGCACCAUCUGGAGUGGCGCCGCACGGCCCUGCCCGUGCCGCUGUCCCACGUGCAGCACCUCAUGGUCCGGCCGUCCGUCCGUCCGCCCAGAACACACACAUAUGUCAGUCAGGUCCAAUCUGUGCUGCCUGCGCUGUCUUGUGUGGUCUGUCUGUCUGUCUGUGGAUCAGCACUCGGGCAUCAUAUACCUUCACGGUCGCGACAGGUGUCGGCGGCCGAUCAUUGUCAUCCGCGCCAAGCAGCUGGGGCAGGUCACGCAGGAUGCCGCACUCAAACUCGCCUUCUACUGGCUCGGUAGGCACGCGCACACGCACAGAGGGAGGGAGGGACGGAUUGACGGUGUGUGAGGUGUGUGUGUGUCAGAGUAUGCCGUCCACAAUCUGAUGGUCAAGAACAGGGUGGAGCAGUGGAGGGUGAUCAUCGACCUGCAUGAGGUGGGCUACACCGACUUGCCCGUGACGACACUCAAGACGGUCGCAUCCCACCUCCAGGUAAGUGAUGCGCGUAUGUGUGCACACACAGCACAGCACAGCAAGGAAUGACAAGCAACGACCAACCGUCCCUCCCUCUGUGUUUUGAUGUGUGUGUGUGGUUCGACAGCGUAACUACCGCCAGCGUCUAUCGGGCAUGUACAUCAUCUACACGCCGUGGGUCUUCUGGGGCAUCUGGCAAAUGGUCUCUUACCUGCUACAGGUAAGCUAACACAACACAACCAACCAGUGGAGGGAGGGAUGCAGGGAGGGAGGGAGGGAUGGACCCAUGGGCCAACGUCGUGGUGCAUUCAAUGCAUGUGUGUGUGUGUGCAGGAGACGACCCGGCGGAAGAUCAAGAUCCUGGCCGAGAGUUUCGCAGAUGAGCUGCUCAAGGACAUCCACCCAUGCCAACUCGAAGGUCAGUGAGUCCGUCCGCUACACCUACCUAACCUACCUAGCCUCACACACGUCAGUCAAUCGUGACACAGAUAGAUGCAAUCCUGGCUUUCUGUCGUCCUGUGUGUCUCUCUUCUCUCAUUAUCCAUCACUCAUCAGAGCGGUACGGCGGUGUGUGUCCGAACAUAGUCGACUACGACAAGCCCAUCCUGCCCCCACCACCAUUCAGCCAAUAGGCAGGCAGUCACUGACACACAGUGGGUGGGAGUCGAGGGACGGGGUGGAUGCGAUCGAUACGGGGGCACUCACUGGCCGGCCGUGGAUGGGGGGGAUGGGUGGUAUUUCUUGGUUCGUCUGUGUGGUUCCUCUCACACUGCAGGCAGCACUCAGUCCAGUCAGUGAGGCUUUUUCGUCGACCAACGAACGAACGGCGCUUUGCGAGAGCAGGCAGGCAGGAAGGUGUGCGUGUGGUGUGGUGUGUGCAUUUGAGAGCAGUUUUGGCCCUCGUCUGUCUGUCCACCUGACUGGCUGACAGGCGUGGCGUGGGUGUGUGGAGGCCUGCAGACGGUAUCCUAUCCUAUCCGGUGCAGUCAGUGAGUGUCGGCCGCAUUUAUGUGCUGUAGAUUGAUGAGAUGGAAACCGCCGGUCGGUUGUAUCCAUGUGUGGGUGUAUGUGUGGAUGUGUGGAUGUGAUGUAGAUUACUCCCUUCCUGCUCGUGUUUGUUGAUGUGAAUGCAUUGAUUGCAUUUGGGAGUCGUAGGGGGUGGGUGGGGCUGGUGUGCGUCGAUCGGAUCGCUGCAGCUGCCAGGGACACACACACACACACACACACAUUACAUGCUCACAUACACGCCUGCUGUCUGGCUGUCUGUCGGUCUGCCUGUCUGCUCGCUGCUGUCUGGAUGAAAGGAUGGCCAUGCUCAAUUAAAGCGGACAAGCGGACAAAAGGAUGGCCGGUGGAUGGAUGGAUGGAUGGACACACGCAUGUGGGUGUGGGUGAAUUUUCUGUGUGACGUUGUGUGUGUGUCUUCAUGGCUUCUGCUGAGACGGCCGUCACGUCCGACUGAUAUUCUGCAGAUUGCAGCAAUAUGAUAUGAGUGGACGUGGACAAUCUUCAGAGUAUUAG